AUGGUUGACGGGAGGUUUUGGAAUGGUUUGAAGCAGUUGAAGCUGCUGGUAUCUGUCAUAACCGCACCUGCGGUUUGGGUUCCGCAGGUGCGACACCGCAGAAGUGGCUCAGUGGUCGCAGAAGCGGUUUUGGAGGCAAAAGGGAAUCGACCGCAGAUGCGGUCAGGUUUAGCCAAAAAUAUGGCAUUGGAGAAGAGAACAAAAUCUCGCCAUGACAAUUUCAAAGAAACCCAAGUUGGGAAAUCCUUGAAGGAAACAAGACUUCGCAUUGCGGAUAAGAGGAAAAAAUAUAUUACUAAAGCUUCAUCUGUCAAGGGGAAGGAGGUUGGAGCAAGUAAAAGCUCGGAAACACUGGAAGAAAGGGAAAUUAAGCUGUUUGUGAAACAACAGCCUAUAUUUGCACCGCAUAUCAGUGUAUAUACUAACAAUAAUAUAGUCUCCGACCUCAAAGAAAAUCUUACUCUGGAGCAGUACAAACAACUGGGUAAUACUUGUUUUGGAAGUUUCCUUGAAAUGAAGCAUUGUGAAGUCCAACAUCAAUUGUUCAGAUGCUUCAUGGUUAUGCAGUUAGAAGGAAGUCCUGAUGAUGUAUUUUCAAUAUACGUCAAUGGUACAACAUUAUCUUUCUCAAUAAGGGAGUUUGCGCUUGUGACUGGCCUCAAAUGUGUUGGUAACCCUGAUGAUUUUCAGUUCAAUGAAAAGGUUCCUAACCGGAUUGUUGGGACAUACUUUGGCGGUGCCAAUCUUGUCAAAAAGAAAUAUUUGUUGAAAUGCUUUGCUAAGAAGAAUUGGGGUCAUGACAACGAUGGGGAUGCCUUCAAGAUAGUUGUGUUGUAUUUAAUACACACUUUCAUAUUUUCAUCCGAGAAGAACAGCACAACCAUCCCAAGGCUGCAUUUUGACUUGGUCGAGAGUAGGAGAUAUUCUGAUUAUCCAUGGGGUAUAAAAGCAUUUGAAAGCCUUAUAAAAUCUAUUAGCAAGAAGAUGGAUUCUCAGAAGAAGUACUAUAGGAUAGCUGGGAUGCCUCUAGCCAUGCAAGUUUGGUUUUAUGAGUGUUGUUCAAAUGUUGAUCCCAAAAUUGCAUUGCGAGUUGAUAACGUGGUACCCAGAAUACUCAAUUGGAUAUCCACCGGAAAUCAGCCAAACUUUGCUUAUCUGAUGAACGGCAUGUUCAAUGACCAGGGAAACAUGCCAAGCGAUAUAGAGCUUGCCGUUAUUCAAAUUCCUCCAGUAGGCGUUGCUGUUGAGAACAAUCCUACUCCUACUCAUUCAGACAAGUCGGCAGAGGAUUCAGAUGACUUUUCACCUACACCUGAUCUUCAGUCUAAGAAGAAACAUGCUGCAAGUGUUGGUCCAUAUUCAUCACCGCCCCAUAAAAAGCGCAAAGAACAGAUUAUACAUCCCUCAAAUGCAGAUACUCAAUUCAAGAUUCCUCCUAUUGGCGUAUCUGAAAUAGCACAAAAUGUUUUGCAUCACAAUCAGUCGGCAGAUUCCAAAAAUGAUGAAGUAUCUUCUUUAUGGAAAGAUCUAAAUUCAUUCAAAGAUUACGUGAUGGGUGAGUACACGUCUCUAAGAUCAUUGAUCAAUGAGAACUUUAAGAUGCUUUCUGAACAUCUUCAAGACAACCAGCAAAAGGAAAGUGUAUACCAGAUAAAGAAAACCACAAGGAGACGUGAUGAUGGUAUUGAAAUGUCAUAUGUUGCCAACUUGCAAGAUAAUCCAACAGGUCACAUACAGACUGAUACAGCUAUCGGCGAUAAUGAAGAGGUAUAA